GCUGCCCUUGAGAGGCGCCGCCACUUCCUGCGGUGCUGAAGGGCCGGGGUACGGGCCUGGGCCUACGGCGCGAUGGCGCCGAGAACCGGCUGGUCGUUGAUUUGAGGGAUUGGGGGCCGCGAGGGCGUUCCAGUCGGGGCGCCUCGGUUGACUGGCAGUUCUGCUCCACCUGGGCACUGGCACAGCUGGUUGUUCCCAAAUGGCUUCACUCACAUGGCUGCCAUUUUGUGUGGGCUAGAGGCCGGCUUAGACAGCCGUGGGUCAGGACCUUGGUUCUCUUCCACUUGGACCUCUCCAUAAAGGCCUUUCACAUGGCUGCUUGAGUUGCCUCACAAACUGAAGGCUGCAUUCCAAGAAAGAACAUUUCAAGACAAGGACAGGAUUGAGAUAAGUGGCAAACUUAAUUGGGAUUUGAGGACCAGAUGGAAGGAGUCUCAGCCAACUCAGAAGGAUAGAGAGAAAAUUUUGAGGAUGGGAUCGCUGAAACCCUGCCCUGAUGAAAUACUGGGAAAACUGGCAGAAGGAGACGCCCGUGUCGGCGAUAACCCUGAUUUCCCCAAGAAUGCCCAUCUGUGAGCACAUGGAGGAGUCUCCUGUCUGUUCCCAGACAUCCAAACUGGUCUGUGGCACUGAUGGUGUCACGUAUGACAAUGAAUGUCAGAUCUGCUUGAUCCGGCUGAAAACCAAACAGGACAUCCAGAUCAUGAAGGAUGGCAAAUGCUGAUCCCCAUAGCAGCCUCUUAAGCCAUGAAGUUUUGGGCUAGACAACAGUGCUGGGAGUGAAGGAUGUGACAUGAAUAAAAGUUCCAACCCAACUCAGCCAAGUGAGCCAGUAUCUUUGGGGACUCUGAUGAGGUGGUUGUUGGUGGUGGGUAGGUGUGGUAGGGAUUCUGCCCUGACCUCCC